AUGUUUGCCCUCGUGCGUGCGUGCAGGGGUUGGGUGCUGGUGUGCAUAGCCAGGAUACCUGCAGCCAACAUCGACUUUGGGUUCUACGAAGGCGAUGUGGGCGACCCACCCGGAACUGAGCCAAUCGAACUCGCACCCUCUCUGAGUAAUGUGUAUGUAGACUGCAUCAUACCCUGUAGUGUGACGCAGCUCAAUAAGUUCCUGUUUGACGACGGCUCUAAGCUGUACCAGGAGUACUACAAAGCACGCGGCAACACGAACGUCUGGGCCACCGCGUGGGAGCCCAUUGCCAGCAGCGACGCACAGCCACUGUCAGACAGCACAG